UGUGCCAGGAAGGAAGUCAACUUUUAGCUUGGUAGCUACAGGUUUAACUAUUUAUUUGCCGUCUUUUAACGGUUGUUCCGAUCUCAGUGUUCAACGAUUAUUUGUUGAAUAUCUCAAGCAAAGUAUUAAUUAUCUGACAUAAGGCGUAUUGGUUUAUUCGCUGGUGUCGUUUAUUUAUUUAAACUCGCCGACGCGUUCCCUUUUUAUUAAGUGUUUGGUAAUGGCACCCGAACAUCCUGUUUGUGACCUUUCACUGUAAAAGAUCUGUUUCAUUAAGCGAUAUGGCGGAUUUUUACUGUGAAGUCCUGUCGGAAGUAUAAUGUUUGUAGACCUUUUGAAAUCAAUGCACUGACACUUAGCAACAUUAGCAGCUAACGUUACUCUAGCGGCAUUGAAGUCGCCGAAAGAUUUAUUAGAAAUAAUAUAACGAAAGAUAUAUUGUGACGAGCAAAACAAAGGUAGAAAGAAUGUUGAACGUAAUACCGACUGCUAAUAUUUUUUUAUCAUUAUUAUUGUGCGAGUUUACAUAUUAAAUACAGUGAAGUAGCUUUAUAAACGCCAUUUUACAGAAAUAUAAGGCUAAUAAAUACUGCAAAGUGAUCACGUGAUAUAUUUAAAAUGUUAGUUUAGGCUACAAAAUUAACUUUUGUGAGGAAUCAAAACUUAAUUGUGCGUGUUUACAUAUAAAAUACAGUGAAAGAUGGAUGAAAGUGAGAAGUAGCUUUAUAAACGCCAUUUUACAGAAACAAAAGGCUAAUAAAUACUGCAAAGUGAUCACGUGAUGUAUUUAAAAUGUUAGUUUAUGCUACAAAAUAACUUUAGUGAGGAAUCAAAACUUUCACUGAAGAAGUCAGCUGCUUUUGUCCCACCUUUGACUCACCUGAGCCCCGCAGGAUGAGUCGGGAACUGGACGGUCGCCUUGACAACGCCUUGUCCCGCAUCGCCAUGGAGACGCAGGAGAUCAAAGAGCUGGAGAAGCAGCUGACCGAGGGUCAGCUUUUGGCCAACGAGGUUCUCCGGAGAGACUUGGAGGGACUCCUGGGCGGACUCCAGGAUUACCUGCGAGAACUCACAGCCGAGGCCAGUGGCGUGCGGCGCCGCCUGGAGGACACGCAGAGACACUGCAGGCGGCUGGAGGACUCGUCCCGCUCGCACGCCAGGAACAUGGCGGAGCAGCGGGAGGAGCUGGUGGCCCUGAGGACGGAGGCCCGGGUCCUGAGAGAGCAGCAGGUGGCGAUGGAGGCGGAGCUUCAUCGGCUGAGGGACGAGCUCAUCCAGCAGACCAGAACCGGCACAGAAUCCCCCCCACCAACUCCUCACCAAGACCAGGACCAAGCAGCCGGACCUCAGGCCCGGGUGGACCGGGAGCAUGUAGCGCGGCUUGAGGCUCAGGUCACCCAAUGCCAGAACCGCAUAGCCCAACUGGACGCUCAGUCUGGCAGAGACCGGAACCACAUAGCCCAACUGGAAGCCCAGUCCAGCAGAGACCGGAACCACAUAGCCCAACUGGAAGCCCAGUCCGGCAGAGACCGGAACCACAUCACUCAGCAGGAAGCCCAGUCCAGCAGAGACCGGAACCACAUCACCCAGCAGGAAGCCCAGUCCAGCAGAGACCCCAAACAAGAAGACCAAAGAGAGUCCACGAGCACAAGGAAAGACCGACACACACGCCCUGAGAGGAAACUGACUACACACCUGGACCGAACCAGAACCAGAAGCUCAGAUGUAGCAGAUUGGAGGCGGGGCUGGAGAACAGGAAGUGAUGUUGACAGGACCUCCAAAGGGGAGGAGCCAACUUGGCUGCUUCCUCCUACUAAAUGUCCACUCGGCACGCCGCGGGAGAAGAAGAAACUACAACACACACACAGACUGAGAAGGAGUGUGUCGCUGCUGUGUGAAGAAGUGGAGUGUGUGGAGAAGACUCUCAACAAGAGACGAGCUGAACUUCGGGAGGCUGACAGGCGUUUGCUCACAGCGCACACACAACUACGCAAGGCAGCAUCAGCCGCACAUCCAAGCCACACAUCAGACAACGGCGCCCCCUGCCUGCACCUCAGCCUCGCCAGGCUGCAGCAGCAACAGCUGAGGACUGUGGAGGCGGAGCUAAGGGACAGGGAGGCGGAGUCCCGGGAGCUCUGCACAACCAUACACAUGGCGGAAGGCAGGUUAGCUGUGCUUGUCUCAGACUGUCAGGAUGCACGUGCAUGUUUGGACUGGACCCUCACUCAGGUGGAGCAAAAGAGGGCGGAGCUUCAGAGUACACUCAGCCAGCUGAAGGCGGUCCAGAAUGAGCAGCAGCGACUGACAGACUGGGUCAAGCAGGGGGCGCUAACAACAUACUCAGCCAUGUCUGCUGUGGAGGAAGAGGAGCGACUCUUCAUCCUGCAGUCUCAUGUCCACAAACACCAAGAAGAGAUGAAAGGUGCCCUCUGCAGCGAGCGGAGACAAGCGGCACGAAAGCUUGAAAAGAAAGAUGGUGAGCUGGCCAGGAAGGGGGAGGAGCUAAGUGCCGUGUGGAACAGGAUGUGGUCGCAGCAUAAACAUUGACUUCCUGUCUGAGCGUGUGAGAUGUUGACUACGAAAACAAA